AUGCUCUUUCACCUGAUCUUUCUGGUUGUGCCGGUCCUGGCUGCUCCGACUCUGGAGAAGAGGGCUAGUGCACCUACAGUCAGUAUCUCAUACCCCCAAGCUACCAUCAUCGGAUCAACUUCAAGCAAUGUCGAUUCCUUCAAAGGGAUUCCAUUUGCUCUUGCGCCGACAGGUGCUCGUCGACUCAAGCCCCCGCAGGCAAUCGCAACUGCACUAGGAACAGUGAAAGCAACGGGGACCGCCAUGUCCUGUCCCCAGUUCUACUUCUCCACGAGUAGCAGCGAUUUCCUUUUUUCUCUUCUGGGGGAGAUUGCGGAUAUCCCGCUGUUACAAACAGUCACCAAUGCUGGUGAAGACUGCCUAAAUCUCAAUGUUCAACGUCCUUCAGGGACUAAAGCCGGUGCAGGUCUCCCGGUCUUGGUGUGGAUCUUUGGUGGUGGGUUCGAACUUGGCUCCACGUCUAUGUAUGAUGGGGCGUCUAUUGUUGCUUCUUCAGUGAGACUGGGUAUGCCGGUCGUCUUUGUGGCGAUGAACUAUCGUGUGGGUGGAUUUGGAUUCAUGCCCGGAUCGGAGAUUCUCAAGGAUGGGUCAGCGAACUUGGGUCUUCUAGAUCAGCGCCUGGCUCUGGAAUGGAUUGCGGACAACAUUGCACAGUUUGGCGGUGAUCCAUCGAAGGUGACUAUAUGGGGAGAAUCGGCUGGUGCCAUCUCGGUCUUUGAUCAGAUGGCUCUUUAUGACGGUGACAUCACUUAUAAAGGCUCUCCAUUAUUUCGAGGCGCUAUCAUGGACUCUGGAAGUGUGGUACCGGCGGAUCCAGUUGAUGGGGCGAAGGGCCAGGCGGUUUACGAUGCUGUAGUGAAAGACGCAGGCUGCAGCGAAGCAACCGAUACACUCGAGUGCCUCCGGGGUCUGGAUUAUACGACUUUCCUUAAUGCUGCCAACUCCGUCCCCGGAAUCUUGUCUUAUAAUUCUGUUGCUUUAUCAUAUCUCCCGCGGCCUGACGGGACAAUUCUAACUGAUUCCCCUGAGGUCCUCGUUGCAGACGGCAAGUAUGCCUCUGUGCCGUUCAUUAUUGGUGAUCAAGAAGAUGAGGGAACUAUAUUCGCAUCAUUCCAAUCCAACAUCACCACGACGACACAGAUCGUCGACUACCUGCAAAAUCUGUUCUUCGCUGAUGCUUCACGAACGCAACUUGAGGAUUUAGUGGCAACUUAUACUGACGUGACCACGGAUGGCUCUCCAUUCCGAACCGGGACUGCCAAUAACUGGUAUCCCCAGUACAAGCGCCUGGCAGCCAUUCUGGGUGAUUUGACCUUCACCUUAACCCGUCGAGUCUUCCUCACGGUUGCCAACCAAGUCAAGCCCGAUGUUCCUUCCUGGUCAUAUCUAUCCUCAUAUGACUACGGGACACUUCUCCUCGGAACAUUCCAUGGCUCGGACAUUUUGCAGGUCUUCUAUGGGAUCUUGCCGAAUUGGGCAUCGAAAGCCACGCAUGCCUACUACUUUUCUUUUGUUUACGACUUGGAUCCUAAUUCCAAGGCUACGAGCUACAUGGAUUGGCCACAAUGGAGUACGAAUCAAAGCUUGAUGAACUUCUUCAGUGAUCAUGGCGCACUCCUGGCUGACAAUUUCAGAGAGGAUACCUAUGACUUUCUCAAGGCAAAUGUCGGGUCGUUUCAUAUAUAG